CCCGCCCCGCCGAGGCGCGCAUGCGCAGAAGGACACGGCGCUUCCCACAGUGCGCAGGCGCCCUGCGGAGACAAGAUGGCGGCGCCCGUAGAUCUGGAGCUGAAGAAGGCUUUCACCGAGCUGCAGGCCAAGGUGAUAGACACACAGCAGAAGGUGAAGCUGGCCGACAUCCAGAUCGAGCAGCUGAGCAAGACGAAGAAGCACGCCCACCUCACCGACACGGAGGUCAUGAUGCUGGUGGAUGAGACCCGCAUGUAUGAGGGUGUGGGGAGGAUGUUUAUUCUUCAGUCUAAAGGAGUGAUUCAUAAUCAGCUCUUAGAAAAACAGAGAAUAGCCGAAGAGAAAAUUAAGGAAUUAGAGGUCAGAGUUUGAAGCUCCUUUUCUCUUGCUGAGGUGAAGAGAGAGAAGUGGAAUUUGAAGAGCCAAAGAAGUAGAUGUUGAAUGAGAAACCGCUACUUGAAACAGAAGACUCACCUGUGGGCGCGAGGCAUAAUACAGCAUGAAUAAAGCGUGGCUGCUGUGCACUGGUUUCCUGCUGAGAGCAGAAGUGCUGGUUUGGCUUUUGGAGCUGAACGUGCAGGCUGUGAAAUGCUGUGCUCAACUACCAGCGCCAGACAAGGCUCCACAGACACGUGGGUCUGGCCACUGGCUCUCUCUAAAGGCAGAGGCAUCUGAAUUGCAGUGCUGGGAGAAAUAUGUUGCUUUGAUCAUUAAAAGCCUGUCCGAAAGGA